AGAGCUUAGGGAUAUGGUUUAGUGGAGGACUUUUAGGGUUAGGUCAGAGGUUGGACUCAAUGAUCUUGAGGUCUCUUUCAACCUAGAAAUUCCUGUGAUUCUGUGGUUCUGUGAGAGUAUCUGUUUAUGCCAAGUGCUUUCAAGCACUCCAGAAGGAACCUUUCUCUUCUCUCAGGGGACCAUGUGCGCACUCUUCCCCUUUGAGCUCUACCAGGAAUCUUCUCUCCAAGAGAAAAACCUGCCCUUUCUGAGCCUUGUUUUCCUUCGUGAAGGAUGAGGGCUCCUGCAAAGCCCGCUGCCCUGGAAGUGUUCUUGCCCUUAGCUUCAGAGGCUGUGGGCUGAGGCCUUUCAUGCUGCCUUUCUGAGAGAAAGCAGGCUGCAGGGAAACUGCCCUGAGCCUGGGGAAACCCUGAGGGGACGACUGCCCCACUGCCAUGGGACAGCUCCCACAUUAGCACCUCCACCUGAAAACGUUCCUUGUUUCUGCUUUCCUGUAGCAGAAGACGCAGAUGGAAAUGCAGAGGCUGCAGACAGAGAGUGCAUCCUCCAUGGCACUUGUGGAACUGAAAAAGUCUCUGCAGAUGGUACCAGUGGACAUGAAUCAGCAGCAUGUCCUCAUCCCUCACUCCCCCGAGAAGGCUGUAGCAGCUCCAUGUGCAAAUCAAGUGCCAGGUAAGUGUGGGCCAGCUCCCACAAAGGCUGGGAAAAGCUGAGCUGCAGCAGGCUGCCCGAGGGAUCCAGCAUGCGGGUUGCUCAGCUCUGGGCUUUGUCCCUGACCUAGCUGCCUCGGGGAGGCAAUGACCAUGCAGAGGCCCUGCCUCCAGGCUUCCCUCUGCAGAUCCACAAUCCUAAAGCUCCCCUGCAGCUGACAGUCACGCAUCCACAACGGAAGGAGGCUGUGCUCCCAGCUCCUGGGACUGGGGGAAGGCAGAGUAAAGAGCCUUUUCCCAGGUGAGGCUGAGAGGGAGCUGGAGGAUGCAGCCCCUGGGCUCUUGUCCGUGAGUCAGCGAGCAGCUUUCUUUGGGCACAGAGUCUGGGUGAACUCCACAGGUGUUCUGACACAGGUCCAUCUCAUGCCUUGUUCCUUGCUGGGUGUCUGGUUAAUAAGCAACAGCUUUUGCCACCAAAUCCUCCACUUGUGUGCUUGCAGAUUGCAAAACAGUGUGUUAGUGAUUGCCUUCUGCUCUUGGCAGCUGGCACAGCUGCAGGUGUAGGGCAGCAGCAGGGCAUCAGAUGCUGUGGCAUCAGUGACACACCAUGAUUGUGCUGCACCAGCCUCUUGGAGCUCUGCCUUUUAGGCAUUUCCUUCUUUCCACAGGAGCCAUCAGCCAGCCAGCUCUUUCACAGUGCUGGUGGACCCAACAGAUGCCCAUACGUGACUGCCCUCCUCUGCAGGCCAGUCUUAGUUACUCAGAAGCUCCUUGCUGCUUUUCCCUUAGGUGUACCUUCAGUUGGUGUCCUGAAUUAUGCCUGCCUGUCCUUGGACACCAGGACAUGCUCCUCCGCAAGAGCAAAGUCCAAGCACAGUUUUCCACAGCCUGGAAAAACCAUGGGCUGGGGGAAUGGCUCUUCCCUUCCCAGCCCACAGCAAACCCCUCUCGGAUGGCACCAAGACCAGCGCUCUACAGCAUUGAAAGCGGUGCCCUGGAGUCACACUGCCUUAGUUUUGCUUCCAUGAUUGGGCUCCACAUACCUCAUGGAGGAGUUGCAGGGGAAGCUCCCCUCUGUGUUGCAGAGCACACACUUGUCCCUCAGGACACCUCAGAGACCAUGCGUGAUGUGGCCAGUACGCAUAUGGAACCUACACUAAUGAUUCUUCGGAGACCUGAUGAACAUACAAGAGACUUACAGGAAAUUAAUUGAAUAUGUAUUUGUCCCACUACUAUAAGCAUGCUGCCAGUAACUGUUGGUGUGCAAGUGAGGUGGAGCUAUCCCCCUUGCAUCUGGCGUGUGUGCACAGCACCGAAUAAACAUACCUACUUUACAACUUUACAGGUUGUGGAGUCUGUUUUCUGCAAGUCAGUUUGUCAAGCCAGCCAGGAGACACUCUGCUCGGCUGCGGGAUCGGACGCCCCUAGGAGCGCCCUGGGUAUUUUCCUCAGAGGAGCCUCCGCUCCCAGCCGCUCCCUGUGGGAGCAGACCAUGACCUCCUGAAGCUGCAGACAAGCGUGGGUAGCUGCAACCACUUGGAAGAAAAAGCAGAAGAGGAGAGAGAAAUGCUGCCCAAAUCUUUGCAGUGUGAUCAGUGUUAAUAAAGCUUCUGACUGACCUCUUUUAAAAUGCACUUGCGUUAUUACACAUUUGGAGUCACAGUAUUCCCCAACACUCUAGUGCAGUCUUUGGCCAUCCACCCACUGGCUGCUUCAGAGAAGGAAUGAAAACGAAGAGGCUCUAACUCCAGUGGUCACCCUGCUGGCUAAAAAAUCACCAGAGCUGAGGGUCACGCACAGAAAGUGGAAGGGGACGGUGCUCCCUGCACCUAUAGCUGGAUGACGUGGGAAGGUUCAGCCCAAGGAAAAGUCCUGGACAGUGCUGAGAGAAGUUGCAGCCUCCUUUCCUGCUCCUGGGGCAAGGCCUGGGGCCAGCACCCUGCAGUGACCCUCACAGCCUGCGGACUGCUCUGCCCGAAUCUCCAGGGUGCAGCAGUCUCCUUGGGGAGGCAGCUCCCUGACAGGGCAGGCUGCAGCCCCUGUUGUGACACGCGAUGAGGCAACAGCGGGGCCGUCUGUGACAUCACACCACGUCCUGCUCAAAAGCCCUGUGCGCCGCGACCUGCCCUCACUUGGCUGCGAGGCCUUCAGGAGGCAGUGGCUGGUGCUGCUCUGCUGGUGCUGCCGCUGUGAUCUUGAGGAGCUGCCUUGCAGAAAGGAGCCAAAGGCACUGGGAAGCAGCGUCCCCGCGUGGGACAAUUCCUGCUGACGAGUGGAGGAGGCCCGGAGCGAGAUGGAGGCCAGGAGUGCUCCCAUCCUGUGCAACGGCCGCCUCAUGUGUCCAACACUCAUGCACCUCCAGGACGAUGAGAUUGUGAAAGUUUGGGAUGCAGUAUCCCACUUCAUCCGCAGGCAGUUUGCGCUGAACAAGGGUGUCACAGUACCUGGGCUGGGCACCUUCUUUGCUGUUAAACAGGACCGGCCCAUGGCAGGCGUUAAGCUCCUUGAUGCAAAGAAGCCCGUCUUCCAGGUUUCGGAGCACUUUGCCAAUGUUCAUGGGCUCCCUUACAAGAAAGAAACUUUUCCUGGAAUACCUCCAUUUGUUUUCCUGAAUUAUGCCUGGCUGUCCUUGGACAUCGGCAUUCCUCGGGACACCGUGCAGCGCUGCAUUCAGGAGACCCUGCUCUUUCUCUCCUACAGCCUUGCAAAGAAGCAGGCUGUGGAUUUCAUCUUCAAGGACAUCGGCCGUCUGGUCUUCCGCAAGAGCAGAGUCCAAAUGCACUUUUCCUCCGACUUUGUUCACAACCUGAAUAGCAACGGCCAGCUGUUGAAAUGCCGCCUCACUAGGUUAAGCACAACGGAUUUGGCCACAUCGGAGAGAAAAAGCAUGGUCCCACACCCAGCUUCUCGAGGUGUCAUCAUCUUUCCCAGGAUUGGGCUCUACAUAUCUCGGGGAAGAGCUGCAGGGGAAGGGUCUCUCCAAGCACCCAAGGGUUCUGCUUUGGAGAAGAAGGGAGACGCAAGUGUGGAGGGAGAGUCUACCAGAAGAGGGAUGCCUCCUAUUAAGAGCCAGCUGCUUACACCCAAGAGUCUCUCUCUAUCCAGACUCUCCAAGAUGAAAGGGGAGGCAUAUCUGGGCCAGGCUGCAGGGGAAAAAGUGCCUUCACCCAGAAUGCCAACAGCAAGUCAGGAGAGCAACUCAAAGAUGGCAGAAGAGGGGAAGGGCAAGCACUGUGCUGCAGCCUGGCCCCAAAAUCAAGCCCCUGCCUGUGAAGGUCAACGGAGAGCAGGACAGGAAAUACGCUGCCUGUACCGCCAAGAAGAUGAGAAAACUCUGCAGGCAUUGUUGGUUGAGGAGCAGCUGAAGAAAGAAUGGGAGAGACAGAACAUGUGGGCACAGUGCAAGGCUCGUGGCAAAACGAACGGGGGAGAGAGUAUCUGGCAGAAGACGCAGAUGGAAAUGCAGAGGCUGCAGACAGAGAGUGCAUCCUCCAUGGCACUUGUGGAAUGGAAAAAGUCUCUGCAGAUGGUGCCAGUGGACAUGAAACAGCAGCAUGUCCUCGUCCCUCACCCGCCGGAGAAGAAGGCUGAGGCAGCUCCUCUGAGCAAACCAAGUGCCAGCUGCCUUUCAGUGCGGACUGAGCGCAUCAGGAAACAGCUGGUGAAGAGAAAAGAGGUCCUGCAGAAAGACAAGACCAAGAGCAGAGUUGUCCACAUCCCUGGAAAUUCUGCAGAGGAUCUUCUGAUUUGCGUUGGUGAGAAAAUCCCUGUGCUUCCAAUGCCAAAGAUGACACGAGCAUCAGGGAAACCAGCGAGGACCCCUCAGCAGCUGUGA